ACACACCGCUCAUCAUUUCGAGGCAAGCCAUGGCAGAGGCAGAAGAAACCGUUCCUCUGACGUCAAAGCAGCAGCAGCAGCAACAGAAAGGAGGCUGUCCGUGCAGCAAGACGGUGCUCGUUGUCAUCGUCAUCGUCGCGAUUCUCGUCCUCAUUGCGAUCAUCAUCCCGGUUGCUGUCGUCGUCUCGAAGAACAAUCGCCCGAGGAAAAAUUCGACGGAACCAGAAGAAGAGACGCUGACCAGUAGUGUUCGUGUUGAAAACAUCAUGAGUCAUCUCAAGGCGUUGCAAGAUAUCGGUGAUGCAAACACUAACAGUGAGAUUCCCAGCCGUUCGGUGGACGAUCAGUACAAUGCGUCUGCUAGUUACGUUCAAGAGAAACUGGAUGCUGCUGGAUACAAGACAUGGAUUCAGAUAUUUGUAGUACCCGUAUUCAAUGUUCUUGCGCCCGCUGUGUUCAAAAUGACAGCAAAUGACGAAAGAGUUGUGACAUUCGUUGAGGACUACGACUUCUCUGUGAUGAGAUAUUCGGGUAACGGCUCGGUCACCGGCGAAGAACUAUUCAGGCUUGAAAGAGAACAAAAAAAUAAUAAUGAUGAUAAUGGCGAGGCGGUACCGACCGGUUGCUAUGCCGCAGAUUUCGAAAAAAUUAAAGAAGGCUCCAUCGCUCUACUACCAUACAACACCAACUGUACAUACUACCAAAAGGCAAGACUAGCUGAAGACGCGGGAGCAACAGCGGUAAUAUUCUAUUACGAAGACGAAGAGUUCAACACUCAGGGUCCAUCAAAAAGUCGAGUUAGAGGUGACGAACUCAACGAAACUGUCAGUAUUCCGGUAAUCAGUCUUUCGUAUCCUCUCAGUCGACAGUUUGGCGGAGAUGAGAAGCAAAAAGGAGAUAUUAUCAUCGAAACUAGCACGUCGAUAACCAUGUCGUACACAUACAAUCUCUUUGCUGAGACUCCAUACGGCAGAGGCGACCGCCUCAUUGUGGUUGGUUCUCAUCUCGACUCGGUGCAAGAGGGCGUCGGAAUGAACGACAACGGGAGUGGCUCUUCUACUAACCUUGAGAUUGCAAUACAAAUUGCUCGUCUCAACCUGGAACCAGUCAACAAGGUACGAUUCGCUUGGUGGGGAGCCGAGGAGUUGGGUCUGCUCGGAUCAAAAUUCUACACAAGCAAUCUAACCGAAGAGGAAAUCGCCGACCAUGCGCUCAACCUCAAUUUCGAUAUGGUGGGUUCUCCCAACUAUCUCCGAGGUGUGUACAACGGAUCAGGGUUUACAGAUGGUAGUGAUGAAAUGAAAUAUGCCUGUGGCAAAAUUCAAGAAGUCUUUGAGGAGAGAUUUGCACAACAGAAUCUUAGCUACAGUAUCGUACAGUUCACCGGACGAUCCGAUUACGGACCGUUCAUCGACGCCGAAAUCGCCAUACCCGCUGGAGGUUUAUCCACCGGAGCCGACGGCCUGAAGACGACGGAAGAGAGAAACAUGUACGGAGGACUCGCAAACGCAGCGUUCGACACCUGCUACCACAUGGAGUGCGACACCAUUGACAAUGUCGAUCAGACGGUUCUUGGUCAAAUGGCCGACGCGUCAGCAUACACUCUACAAAAACUAAUGUAUGUGAAGGAUCUGAAGUCAUUUCUUAGUGACGUCAACUACAAGGAAGAUAAUUCUAAUAAUGAGAAAAUUAGGUUUCGCAAGAGGAGGGCCGUGCGCAUAGAGCCCAUCUACAAGUUUCAACCCUAGAGACAUGCGAAGGAAGAUGUGACGUUGAGCUGACUUUUGCACGAGAACGGAAGCAUAUAUACAUGUUAAUUGUUUGUCUAUUUUCUUUAUUGAUGAGCAAUCUCUGUUAUACAUUUAUUAGACUGUUAUAUUAUAAAUAUAUGAACUGGCCUUUCUCU